UCUGACAGUGCGAGUGUUUACCGCAUCGGGAACGCGCCUCAGUCCAAGAUGGCUACGGGAGACAAUAGUGGUCGGGUACCUUGUCUAAAUUUUUCCACACCCGGACCCCUGGGUAACAGCCAGCCUAGCAACAAUCCUUACGCCUCGGCCGCGGGUCUCAGAGAGUCCGCCGGAGGCAGCGGGGGCUCUCAGGGCGCGACGAGACGCUCGAACCCGCAGCCAGGGCCUGCGGGCCUAGAAAGCGCCGGAGUCGCGUCGGGGCCUCCGCCCAACCUGAUGCACUCUCUCCCGGCGGCGGUAGGGCCGGUGUGCGGGGCGAUGGCUCCGUUCGCCUCUAACAUGACAGGAAACCCGUGUAACGCAGCGGCAACACUGGCAGCCGUCACGCACUCCGCCGCAGCAGCCGUACUCGUGUACCGGGAGCCCGUUUAUAACUGGCAGGCCACGAAAAGCACCGUGAAGGAGAGAUUCGCGUUUCUGUUUAAUAAUGAAGUCCUGAGUGACGUUCACUUUCUGGUGGGGAAAGGAAUGGGAGUGCAGCGGAUACCUGCACACAGGUUUGUUCUGGCAGUCGGCAGCGCUGUAUUUGAUGCCAUGUUUAAUGGCGGCAUGGCCACCACGUCCACAGAGAUCGAGCUUCCUGACGUGGAACCUGCUGCCUUCCUCGCCUUACUCAAGUUCCUCUAUUCUGAUGAAGUUCACAUUGGACCGGAGACGGUGAUGACCACUCUUUACACUGCAAAGAAAUACGCCGUUCCAGCCCUUGAAGCACACUGUGUGGAGUUUCUCAAGAAGAACCUGCGAGCAGACAACGCCUUCAUGCUUCUCACACAGGCACGUCUCUUCGAUGAGCCUCAGCUGGCCAGUCUGUGUCUGGAGAACAUCGACAAAAACACAGGAGAUGCUCUGGCUGCAGAAGGAUUUACAGAUAUCGAUCUGGAUACGCUCAUGGCAGUGUUGGAGAGAGACACAUUGGGCGUUCGGGAGGUGCGAUUGUUCGGGGCGGCAGUCCGGUGGGCGGAGGCGGAGGCGCACCGCCAGCAGCUGCAGCCCACACCAGAGAACAAGAGACGUGUGCUGGGCAAAGCCCUCAGCCUCAUCCGCUUCCCUCUCAUGACCAUCGAGGAGUUCGCCGCAGGUCCGGCUCAGUCCAGCAUCCUGACGGACAGAGAGGUCGUGAGUCUCUUCCUGCACUUCACCGUGAACCCGAAGCCACGCGUAGAGUUCAUCGACCGGCCGCGCUGCUGCCUGCGUGGGAAAGAGUGCAGCAUCACGCGCUUCGGGCAGGUGGAAAGCCGCUGGGGUUACAGCGGGACCAGCGAUCGAAUCCGGUUUUCAGUGAAUCGCAGGAUUUUUAUUGUGGGCUUUGGUCUUUAUGGAUCUAUACACGGACCUACAGACUAUCAAGUCAACAUACAGAUUAUUCACACAGACAGCAACACAGUUUUGGGUCAGAACGACACCGGGUUCAGCUGCGACGGCUCAGCCAACACUUUCAGGGUGAUGUUUAAAGAGCCGGUGGAAGUUCUGCCCAAUGUCAAUUACACAGCCUGUGCUACACUGAAGGGACCAGAUUCACACUACGGCACUAAAGGCAUGCGCAAGGUCACGCACGAGUUGUCCGGCACUGGAACCAAAACUUGCUUCACGUUCUGCUACGCCGCGGGCAACAAUAACGGCACGUCCGUGGAGGACGGUCAAAUUCCAGAAAUCAUCUUCUACACAUAGUCCUUCGACAUCUCGGGGCUUGCGCAGACUUGUUUCCAUUGGCACAUGCUGGCUCUAGUACACUUGACCUUGAUGCUGUUCAGAGAAUUCAGAGCAAAAAACGGCACGUGGUGGUCACGGGACGGACGGGUUAUCUUCAGGGGUUUAUGUGCUUCAGAACUGAUAGAAUAGACUGUUGAGCCUCAAAUACAUAUGUGACAACCGACUGACUGUUAACAGGACCCUGUUACCAGAUGUACAAAACCAACGCAUUUCAAUCAUCGAUUCUGCAUCAGUCUGUAAUAAAAGUUUUGCCAUGUCAGCAACUUACGCUAUUGCGAAAAUGUUUUCAGUUGAGGAGAGAAAUCCUCUUUUGAUGUAUAUGCAACUUCAAGAUGAAUGCAGGAGGAUGUUUGGGAAUGUCACGCUCUGUUAUCUUCUCAUUUGUGCCAAGCUUUCCGGAUUCAGUUGAAUGACUCUUCAUGUGUUCCUAAUGAAUUCAGCUCAUAGUGUAACUCUAAAGGAAGCCCACACUAUUUAUUUAGACAGGGUGAUGAUCGCAUGUAUGCCAUUGGAAAAUUCUGUAAAAUGGAUUUCUUUCUGGAUGGUUGUAGAUGGUUGGUUAAAUCGCACCCGUUACUCAACGACUCGGCUGUCAAAUAAAGAGGAAUCUCAUUCUUUAAGUAUGGAUGUUUUGAAAAUGAAAUCGCACAGAUCUGCUCACAAACUGAUUUUAUUUUAUAUUCCGUUCAUUUAUACUUAAUUGUAGAAGCCAUCAGGGAGGUUCUAUUAAUGGACUGUUUGACAACAUUUACAUACAGUUUGUGUGGCUGUAGAUCUUGGAUAAUGCAUCUUUGCGUUUUGACAUUGAAAUCUUUUCUGUCACCUCCUAAACUACAUUAGCUUUAAAACAAAGAGUUCAAUUUAUAUGGAAGUUGUAAUUUUAUGAACAUUAACAGUUAAUAAACUUGGGUAAACUGCAA